AUUUGAUUAUUUUUAUUAUAGAUACGAUGCUUUUUAUAUAGUAUAUAAGAGGCUAAGUAUUACACUAAUUCUCAUAACGAGUUAAAACAUUUAAAAAAUAAACUUGCUAAGUGAAAAUAAAUAUCCUGCUCAAAAUGCGUUCAAUGAUUGCUGUAUUGACUCUUCUGGUAGUCGUGUUCACUAUUGGUGAGGCCGUCAAUCACGAGAAGUACUCACAAACCAUACAAAAGGUGGCUCAAAAUGGACAGUCCUUUAGAGCUGGAUUAGAAGCCGAGCUCUUUAAGAACUAUAAGACCAACGACUGUUGGCAGUGCUCGGGUGGCUGUACUGCCGUCUACUGUUGCGAUGACGGAUACCCCCAGUGCUGUAUUGUGACCGGAAAAUGCGGAUGUUGUCCCCCUUAAACAUGUUGUCACUAUUUUUUAGUUAAUUAUUUGUAAAUUAUAAACGCUUUCCUAAGUCUAAAACUUAAAACUGUUUAACAGUUAUCUACUAAUUAUAUGUUUAAGCAAAAAACUAUUAUAAAAAUAUUUGUUAUUAAACAAUAAGCAUUUAAAUAAAAUUAAUUGUGAAAUGCAUUAAACAUACUGUAUA